UAGGGGAAUUUGCAGGCUGCACUCAACACAAGUCAUUUGACUCCGACUCCAGCAGUAGAGCAGUUAGCAGCAAAUCCUAUCCAUGGCCAAUCUCAGAACAGACUCCCCUCUCUCCCGCCGCAUCGCCACUUCUUUCCUCCAAUUCCUCGAUUCCGUCGAACCUUCCGCUGGCGUUGAUAGUGAAGCGCUUGAGGUUGCCAAGGAAUGUUUGGCAGAGGUUUUUAAGGUUGAUCGUUCUUCAAUUGGUAGUCAGUCGAAUUGUGAAUCGUUAGUUGAUAUGUUUACCUCUCGUGAGGCAAUUUCGAGUGGUAAUGAGGGAGGUUUGGAUGCACCGAGUUCAUCUUCUGGAAAGAAUCCCCAAGUUAUGGAGGGCAAGGACAGGAAGAGAGAGCUUCAUUUGCCAGGGGAAGAUGAACUUUUUGGGAAUUUUUUUGGUGGUCUUGAAAGGAUUCAUUAUUUCAGAAGAAUGCCUGAUGGAUCUGAUGAUCAAACCCAACUUGAUAGAGCAUCAUCUUUGUUUCAUAAAGCUGUUGAGGAAAUGCAAAUGUCAGGUUGUCAAACAUUCGACCCGAAAACCCUGGCAGAGAACUUCAAAUCACAAGGUAACAAGGCCAUGCAAUCUAAACACUAUCUAGAGGCAAUUGAGCUGUACACAUUUGCCAUUGCUUUAUCCGAGCACAAUGCUGUCUACUAUUGCAACAGAGCAGCUGCAUACACGCAAAUUCACCAAUAUGAUGAAGCAAUUAAAGAUUGCCUCAAAUCCAUAGAGAUCAAUCCAAAUUACAGCAAGGCAUAUAGUCGCUUGGGAUUUGCUUACUAUGCACAAGGGAGGUACAGGGAUGCAAUCGAUAAAGGAUUUAUAAAAGCCUUGCAGCUGGACCCUAAUAAUGCAUCAGUGAAAGAAAAUAUACAGGUGGCUGAACAGAAACUGAGAGAAGAGCAACAAAGGGAAGCAACCGGUCAGAGUUCGACAUCCACCAGUCACGGUCAAUUCAACCACCAAUUUGGAGGCGGCACUUUUGCAGCACCUCCCCCGCUCAACACCCUCCCUUUCAACAUCAACGCACUUUCUCCCGAUAUCAGCAGCUUUCUGGCGAACAUGUCCGGCAACGCCUUCCACGGACAGCAGCCAUUUCAAAAUGGAUCAGGAGAACCAAAUGAACCCAGCGAUCCCGGGGGCAGCCCAUUUGGCGCCAACAUAAACCUCAACGUCAACGAUCUGCCUCAGGAGUUGUCGGGAGCUUUUAGGUCGAUGAUGGGAAUGUUCUCUGGAGGCGCAGCGCCGAACCCUGAGGAUGGGGAGGAUCGAAGACCGGAUUCGAGCAGCAGCUGAGAAGGGAUUGCUGAAUGAUCUGUGGAUUCUUUCUAUACAACAGUAUGUAUAUUUGUGGGAAUAACAUCAUUGCUGAAUACUCGCACUCUUGGCUGUCUUUCUCGUAGGUUUUUCUUCAAGAUUUUCUUACAUUUGCCUUUUCUUCGGUAACCUAACCUGCAAUGGUGUUCUUCCUUUGUUCUGCCCCUUGAUGAUUAUAUCUGAUCUUUAGCUAACUGAUUCA